GCUCAAGAAUGUUUUUGGCAAAAAGCUGUAUAUGAAAAAUUAAAGGAUGGAAAUGUAGCAAAACUAGCAAGUCAAGUAUCUGCAUAUUACGAAGCAGCAUUUGAAUUAGCAACAAAUAAUCCAGAAGUGUCGAAGAUAUUAGGCCAAAACUGGCUCACACAUUUGCAAGUAAAAUCGUGGCAUUUUGCCGCAGCUUCGGAAUUUCGCAAAUCUUGUGAAUGUAUUGGUCAAAAUAAGUAUGGGGAAGAAAUUGCGAGAUUGCGAGUAGCUGAAGGAUACGUGAAUCGAGCAUUUGAACAACGUAAACAUUUAAGAGAAGCUGUAAUAAAAGAUUUAGAGUCAUUGCGUACAGUUGUUACUUCAAAUCUAAGUCGUGCUUUGAAAGAUAACGAUAUUAUAUAUUUAAAUACUAUUCCUUCAGCUUCAUCAUUGGCUUCAAUUGGCCGGGCAAGCCUGGCUAAUCCAACACUUCCUCCGGAAGUUAAUGAUCCAAUUUCUUUGAUGAAUGAAAGAUCUAUUUUAGGUCUUCCAUUGUUUGUAAAACUUGUCCCUUUUGCAGUUCAUCAAGCUCACAGCGUAUAUUCUGAUCGUAAAGAAAGAUUGGUAAAGGAGGAAAUCUUACUUAAAUUGCAAGAACUAACAAUCACCUAUGACAGUAAAUUAAAGUUUCUAAAUUUGCCUUAUUCAUCACUGGACACAGAAGACCAGGUAAUUCCACAAUCAAUAUUGGCAAAUUCACAGGAUGUUCGCAAUGAAGGUGGGAUAACAAGGUUGAAUGCAAUGUUCGAUAGCAUACAAGAUGCAGCACCAAAUAAUACUCAAAUUAUAGAUGAGGCAUUAAGCAUUUUAGAUCAAGAAGCCAUGGAGGAUGAAGAGUGGGAAAAGAAGUUUGGAGAAAGAUGGACAAGAAAGAAAUCUAUUGUAGCCAAUAAAGAUUUGGUGGAUAAUGGUUUAAAGCAUCAACAGGUUCUUCAACAGGCACUCAAAGGUGACUUGGCAAUCCAAAAUAAAUUAGAGCAAUGGAGCCAACCCAUUGAUAGCACCUUUGAUGCAUCGACACAAUCGGAUAUUAAAAGUCGUGAAAACGAGUUACGAAAUCUUGUAAACGAGGCUCAUGCUAAUAUUGUAGAGCGUAAUAAAACUAUUGAAGAAGUUAAAAAAAUUUCAAAUCUAGAUGAUAUUGGUCCUAAGCUACAAAAAGAGGCAGCAAAAAUCACUGCCAAUGGCACUGCAAUAAAAAUCGAGCCGGCGCAUUUUGAGGAACUAUUCAUUGAAGAGAUGAAAAAAUAUGAUAACUAUUUGGUAUUUGUGCAGCGUGAAACUGAAAAUCAAGAAAAAUUAUUGAACCAAAUUGAUGGAAAAUAUCAGGAAUUAACAGAAAAACGUAAUAAGGCAAUGAAUAACCCUGGAAGGACAGAAACACUCGAAAAAUUUAAAACGGCUUAUCAAAAAUUCAGAGAGAUAUUAUCAAAUUUACAAGAAGGAAUCAAAUUUUAUCGCAAUUUUGAAACCACUUUGCGAGAUUACCAAAAAAAAUGCCAAGAAUUUGCAACUUAUCGCCAUAAAGAAGGAUAUGAACUUGUUCGUAAAUUGACAUCUAGUACUAUUGAUAAGGCUUGGAAUAGUAAUACUCCUAUAGUUUACUCUCCACAGCCUAAUUUACAACAAUCUUCACAAUCUCCAAGGACAAGUGGAGUGUGGAACUCAGAUAAGAAUAUCAAAUUUUCACGUAAUGCAG